UGAGCCUGGUUUUGACAUUUGUAUAAACCAACCAAAUAAUACAUUCCUCCCAUAUCCUUGGAACUGUACGUGGUACAUUCGAUGUGAAGACAACAUUGCCUAUAUUGAAUCUUGCAAAGAUGGAAAAGUUUUCAAUUCUCUUUACCAAAUUUGUGACUUUCCUGAAAAUACAGAAUGCAAAGAAGAACCAUAUCCAUCAACUGUCACUCCUGGUGACUCCACAACAACAACAACUCAAGAACCCUCUCAAGGAUCAAGGUAUUUGUGAAGAUAUUGAAUAUGGAACUGUUCUCCCAUACCCUGGAAGAUGUGAUCUUUACAUUAAAUGCAUAGAACCAGCUCCACCAACAUUUUCCUGUCCAUCAGAUUUGGAAUUUAAUGCAGAAACCAAAAUCUGUCAAGAUCCCAAAGAAGCUGGUUGUUCAAUUCCCAAAGUAACACCAGAAUUCCCAACUACCACUGAAGCCUCAAAACUUCUGCCACCACCAAUUUACCCAGGUAUAUGCUCCAACUAUUCAAAUGGUGAAUUGAUUCCAUAUCCAGGAAACUGUUCACAAUAUAUUUUAUGUUGUGAUAUACCAAUUGCAACGGCACAAGAAUGCCCAUACGGCCAAGAAUUUAAUGCAAAACUACAAAUUUGUGAAACUCCUGAAGAUGCUGGAUGUUCCAUUCUAACUCCAACUGAACCUCCAGGUUGUGCAAAUUCUACAACGGGCUUGUGCAAAGAUAAUAAACCAGGUGACGUAAUACCAUAUCCUGGUAAAUGUAACAAAUUCAUCGAAUGUGGAAUAAAAGUUUCGUAUGGAAGGACCUGCAAAAACGGUUAUCACUUCAAUCCAAAGCUUUUAAUAUGCGAUGAACCAACAUCAGCUCAGUGUUUAACUGCUGCUUUGUUAUGUUUUCCAUAAAAGCAUUACACAAAUCGUCUUAGGAGAUAUGUUUGGCCAUAUAGAAUAUAAUU